AUGACCAUGGGAAGGGAGACGGGCAUGGAUUUGACUAUGGAGACAAACGGUUCGGAGGCGAGCUCGAGCAUGGUGAUAGGCACACAUGAUAAUUCCAAUACCACACCUCUGAAUUCGAAGCGUCAACGUCUUGAAAAAUCUCGGAUAGAAAAUUCUUAUCCACGAAAACGAGCCUUGAGGGCGUGCCAGGUCUGCAGAGCUCGAAAGACCAAAUGUAAUAACGAAAAGCCGGUAUGUGGAUGCUGCCAAGCUUUGGGGGCUCAAUUGGAUUUUGCGAGUCAAAUAAUAGUGGAACGUCUAGAUCAAGUACUCCAAAAACUUGACGAGAGAGAAGUAGAUUCGGCAGAAACCCUACGCCGGAUUUCUCAAGAGUUGGGCACAUUUCAAUCGGAAAAAGUCUCGUUGAGGUCUAGGUGGCAAGCUCCUGCUACCAAUGGGGAAGGCCUUGGAUCAGAAAGAGAUCAUGAGCUCCAGUUGGAUGAAAAUAUGCUAACACCUUCUGCCCGGACUUCCCCUGACGCUGUCCUUGAUUGGCCAGUAUUCGAAAGCCAGUAUCCGACAGGCUUCAUUACUAGGCAUUUAUUUGAUCAAAACUUUUUUGAUGAUUCCAGACCUGAAGAAUCAGAACAUGACGUUUCUCAGCCAUCAGCCUUCAUUAAUGAGGAGGCUGUGCCUCAGCUUGUGGAAAUCUUUCUCACUCGCGUACACACCAAAAGUCCAAUUCUAGACCCGAAAACUGCGAGAGAAUUUGGAUUUAAGAUCGCUCUUGAAGGUUUGCAAUGGGAUGCGUCCUCUUGUUUAGUGUUAAUUAUGUGCGCUUUAGGCUGCGUUUCCCAGCCUCUUGGUGAUUCGCAUAAUCGCAUCCUUCCAGACAAUAGAAUGGAGACCUCGAGGAGCGUUCUUGGAGAACAAGACCUGUCACUUGGAUCGGCUUACUUUACAGCUGCUCGCAAACGAAUUGGACUGCUGAAACCCAGCGUGAUCGCAACGCAAUGUAUCUUCUUGUGUGGUGUAUACGAAAUGUAUAUGGUACACCCCCUGAGGGCUUGGAAUUUCUUCGCUGACGCCUCAUCCAACUUUUUCAUGUACCUCAAGUGUGAAGAGUCACACUUUGGAGGAGAUAUAUCAAGGACUAAGUCUCCCGAAACUCAGUGUAUUGAAGCUAGCUUGUACUGGUCUUGCUACAAGUCUAUGUGCGAGUUGCGAACAGAGGUACCUUUACCUCCGUCAGUACUAUCUCAGGUUAACUAUGCACAUUCAUUACCUGAACCACCGACAAGUUUUGCAUCGGUAAACGAUUCACGACAAGAAGUAUCGGAAGUUGGUUUCGAAAUACUUCAGGAACAAGCCUGGCAUGCCAGCCUUCCAGAGCAAAUCCAAUUCAACGAUAGUAUAGAAACCGAUCAUGAGCUACGAUUCACCUUACGAACUCGUGCAAUGGAGGUAAAAGCAUGGCUCUAUCGACCAUUUUUAUACUAUAUAAUACACCAAAUAAUACACCAAUCAUCAAGUAAAGUUCCGGAGCGAGUGCGACAGCUUGCUCAAAAAGCAAUUGACGGCAGCAUUCACUGGAUCUUACUUAGACAUAAUAGGCAUAGACACCAUGGAAGUUGGUUUGUUGGAAGACUGAUUUUAUCUUCAGCACUCUCUAUACUUGCCGCAGUCAAGGCAAAACUACGUCUGGAUUCAUUGGAUAACUGGAAAGAGAUUGUGCUAGAAGCGAUCACUACCAUGAAGUUCUGGGCAGACGAAUCAUCUGAUUUUGCUGUGGGUUCUGUGGUUUUGGAAAAGUUAUUUUCACAACUUUUAGAUAUUUCAAACGAUUAA